UCGUAAAAAACAGUCAGUCAAAAUCAGACGGUUGCACCAUUCAGUCGUUUACGUUAAAAACUAAAGAAACAAAUUGGUUUUUUUUUCUUUUAAAGUUUUAUUAUAAAAAUAGUCACGUGAUUUUCUGCGUGUUUUCUUUUUCUUCGAGUUUUAAUUCAUAUCCUAAACUUCAUCGGUUUGUUUUUUUAGAAGUGGGAGCAUGAACUAUGCGAGUAUAAAUGUACUCAUACCUUGCAAUUGCUACGUGUGUGAUGUGAGGUUAUCGUAUCGAUGCUUUUUUGUGAUAAAGCUCUCGUUAUGAACAUGAAAGUUUUAUCAACAGGUGGUUUACUAUGGGUGAAAGGUUGCGUAUAGUGCCAAGAUUUUGUUCUUGCUGUACAUGCAGUACUACCGACCGUGUUGACAAGCAUUGUUUAGCAUUAUAAAGUGCGAAUUUAUUGUAUAUUCAUUUUCGUAUCUUAUAUAUGUAAAAAAAAACGUGUUUUGCGGCAUGACGAUCAAUGAUUGAUCACGCAUUAUUGUCUUCCUCCAAGUUUAAGCCAAAGAUUUGAUUUUGGGUAAAUGAUUGCCCGUAUUAUUAUUGUGUUGACUGUGUAAAAAAGCUCUGCAGGGCAUUCAUGAUAAUUUCUGGCUUCAAUACAGACGUUACAACGGUUUUUCGGUAGUGAAUUUAAAAUGAUUUUAUCCGGAUUACUGUGCAGUAUUUUGCUAGUGCUUUUAUUUGGAAUUACCACAUUGGCGGAAAACGGAUUACAUCAACAUGAAUUGCUAACACAGCUGAAAGUUCCCCAGUGUAGGGAAAUGUGUAUAGAGCAAUUCAAUAUUGACGAUCUUCAAUGCUUGGAGCGAACUCAAUGCUUAGAGUGUUGGAACAGCUGUGCCGCAACAUCCGAACAAUCUACAUUACAUGCGUACAAUCAAAACACAAAUCAAUUAGACGCCAUUAAAGUGCACAUUCAUUCAAUGAUUCGCGACGGAUCGUUAACAUCGGCUGACAUAACAUGGACAUCGGUCAAUGAGCCCAGUCAAUGUUUGGUCACAUGGGAAGUGUCCGGUGGAGGUCUCAUGGGAAAUCUACUGACCGAUACUCCGGAUGCACAAUUGUCUCUUUGGCCAGAUACGAAGUACCGGAUGCAGGUUACCUGUAAAAAUAAGGUCACUGGCACCAUGUCCAAAUCGAUGCCGAUUAUCAUUGACACCAGUGAUGCCACCAAACUAAUGCAAACAUCCACAUCGACCGAUGUGUCGACGGUCAUCAAUCAUUCGUUGUCGGGAAUUAGUCAAUCGUCAGUAUCGCCGAUUCAUCAAUCAUUGUCUCCGGUUGCGAAUCCAGACAACAAUGGUCCAACCGAAACGCCAAUGGCCACAACAACAGUAGCAACAUUUAUAAAUCCAAAAAAUAUCAAAGUGAUUACUCCAAGGUAUCAAAAUGCGGCUUCAACCAAAAACUCGAAAUCACAUGCGAACAUAUCACCCACCGGGCUAGCCGCUAUCGUGUGCGUGUUACUGAUGCUGUUUCUAGUCAUGAGUUCCGUGUGCUUGGUUAAACAGCGACGAAAAACAAUGGAAUGUGAUAAGAAAAUGUUGAUCGGUACCAACGACUUAGUGCAUAGUCAGGGUAGUGAAUGUGAGUUGAACAUUACAAAGAGGAACAUUUAUCUAGUUUAGUGUAGACAUAAUUUUUAGAUUGUUAGUCAAACAGGAAUGUUACGCAAAUGCAUUACAGCCCAAAGGACGUCUUAUCUUUAAGUUGAAAAUAUAAGUCGUAUCUCCGUACAUAUGUGUUGUGUGGGUGGAGAGAUGACUUAUAAUUUUCAACAUAAAAUGUCAGCUGAUAAAGCUUUGGUGCAUUUACGCAACACACCUACACCUAGCUGAAAAUUGAUGACCAAUGACUGAUCUGCGUCGUUCGCAGUGAUUUGAGGCAGUUGAUCUUUUCUGUGGCAGUUUUUUUUUUUGCUUUUCAUGGUUUCAUAGAUGCGGUUCCGAGUUGAAAGUGUUUUAAAAGUUGAUUUCGUAUAUUUUCGUCUUGACCUGAACAUCAAUAAUCUAAGGGGACAUUCAUAAAUAACGCAAAAGUGUCCUUUUCGAAACCUUCCCUCUCCCUGUCACGCAAAAUGUAUGAAACUUUCAACAACAAAAAAAUUAUGGCUCAUCGAUGAGUCGUCGUCGAAGUUACACAUAGCGACGGCGACGUGAAGGAACCUAAUUCAUUUUUUUUGUUAAUCUGUCAAACUUGACAGAAGAACAAAAGAAAAUUUUGAAUUAGGGGUCUGUCGCGGCGCAAUGUAUUAAGUAUGUUGCAGUGUACAUUCGAUAUAUUUUACAUUCAUGGGGAAGUACCUAUUUUGCGCACACUAUUGGCACUUUAGCGUUAAGCUGGCAACACUAUUAGCAACGAUCCGUGAAAAACUAAUAUUAACAAAUAAAAUAGAGAAAUGAGAUGACAGCUCGUGAUCUUUGCUUUUUCAUAUAAAUGUGACGCCCUUCCUUGCGCCCUCUACAGUGUAGGUCAAGUGCCAAUUCGUACGGGUCUCAUGUUUAUUAUUUCGAGUGGAGAGUGGGCAGUCACUGAUGGUGACAAUAAAAAUUUGCAAGCUCGGGUAGGAACGAAAAUAUUCCCCGACACAAUAGUCGCACAUCGUAGAUAAUCUAAAUUGGGCCAUUCACUGAACGGCCUUCACUCAUUUCUCACAAGUUAUACUCUCUGGUGUUCUCG